GAUUACGCUGCCUGAAAAAGUCAAAACAAAUCUCCGAUGCCAAGGGAUCACCACCUCCUCUUACUCUCUGAUUCUCAACUUAUCAUCCAACCAACUCGCAAAAAUCUCUGUACUGAGCUCACUACUGCGCCAUGGGACAGAUCCUCGACAGAUUACAAGGUAAGCAAUGGAGGCGAAAGCAAAUAAGGAGGAUUACAGAUAAGGUGUUUGAUCAUUUUAAAAAUGAGACAGGAAGGGCUAGCUUGAAUUUUGAGGAUCUGUACAUCGGUGUACUACUUGUGUACAAUGAUAUCAAUAAGCGUUUACCCGGCCCGCAUUUUGAUCCACCCUCCAAAGAUCUAGUCAAAGCUAUGAUGCAGCAAAAUGAUCUCAAUCUUGACGGAGAAAUUGACCGGGAAGAGUUUGCGAAGUUCAUCAAGCAGUUGACAGCAGAGACGUUCGUUGUAGUCAGUCAGGGACUCAUCCUCACACUGGUUGCAGCACCAGCGGUGGCAAUGGCGACGAAGAGAGCUACUGAGGGCGUACCAGGGGUCGGAAAGGUCGUGCAAAGGUUACCCAAUUCAGUUUAUGCAUCCCUUAUAACUCUUACUGUCCUGUUGUUUCAGCAAGCGCGCCAGGAGUUCGAUUAGCCACAAGUUUGUUCUCAGUUCAAUCCUUCUAUGGUCUAUUCAGGCAGACUUUAUCAUAUAGACAAUCUGGGUGUGUGUGGUUUCCAAUAAUGUAAAGGGAGAAUGGUGUUUGAACUUCUCAUAUAUAAAGAGUAAUCUUUUUGGAA